AUGUAUAAUUUGGGUUUUAAAUGGCCAGUUUGGGCACGAGUUACCAUUAGAUGCGUGCGUACUAGAGGUUUAGGCUGGGCUAGAUCAAGGUCUAUGACUGGAGGUUGGGCCAAAUUUAGUGAAGUAAGUGAUUGUGGACCUGUAAGUGUUUGUGGACCUGAUGGCGUGAAGGAUGGAGUGGAUUGUGGCUGUGAGCUUGUCGGACGUGAAGGUGAGAGCAUACAACAUAUCAUAAGAAUACCCACCAAGGCCUACUAUGAUGUUGAAGAGGUUAAGGAGAAUGCUACUCAAAAGAGCCAGAAAAUUUUUGUUCAUGUGCCUUCAGAAAUUGCAGCUUAUGAGGUUGAGAAAAUCGAUAUGACAGUAGAACACCUACUACAGGAUGUGAAAGACAUUACCAUCAACACACUUGCAACUGAGGUAACUGGCAAACUUACAGCCUUGAAGGGUUUUGAUUACCUUGAUCCUAUCAUUGACGAAAAGCUCCCAUUAAAUAGUGAGAUACUUUACCACUUACAAGAUGUGUUUAACCUUCUGCUAAAUUUUAAUGUGACCGAGUUAAUUAAGGCUUUUGCCGUAAAAACUAAUGAUAUGAUGUUGGUUAUAUAUCUAUCGUCUCUCAUUCAGAGUGUCAUUGCACUCUAUAACUUGAUUAAUAAUAAGAGGCUCAACAAAGAACAUGAGAAAGCUAAAGAUGCAAAACCAACAAGAACCCCAGCUGUUAAUGGAAGCUGA